ACUUUCUUUCCUUUAAAAAUUUUUCUUGGGGGAUUGGGAGGGGGCAGAUACUUCUAGGUUCAGGCUCAUGUUCUGAUUUUCUAACACCCCCUCCCCCCCAGAGAGAGGGAGUAGCCAACUGAAAUCUAUUCCUAACCCGUACACGGUACUCUCUCUUUUACCCAAACCUGAGAAAUUGGAAAACCGAUUGAUGCUAGUUUCCUUUCCUCUCCAUGCCCUUUAAGGGGAGCACAGACUAAAAUGUCUGAAAGACAUUUUCUGUCAUAUUGGCAGUAGACAAAGCUGGACUUGGAAUCAGAAAAUCUUGGGUUCCAAUUCUUUUUCCAGUCCUUGCCAGUCAAGUCACUUCCUUAUUCUGUGCCUCUAUGUUCUCGCCUGUAAAAUGAGAAUAAUAGUACCUGUUCCCCAGGAUUGCUGCAAGAAUCAAAUGAGGUAUUUGUAAAGUUCCUCUUAAAGAGCUCUAAAUGCCGGCUAUCUCACGAGAUCAGAUUUAGGGGUGUGCAGGACAAGGGCUGAUGGUUACAUUUUCAGUGUGAGCAUUUUUAUCCGACGCUACAAAUCAGGGUUUGACUUGUUCACUGUUUAGACUUAAAUGAUGGAGAAAAUGUAAGUGAAACGGAAUAAACGUGAAUAAAAAAUAAUAGAACAAAAAUGAAUCGCGUAUACAUCUCUCCUCCCCCUCAAAUAGCUGCUGCUGGUUAAACUUUUGGCAGCAGGAUCCUAUCCACAUGUCCAUUAUAAGGCGCCUAGAGCCCAGGAGACCCCCGGGUUCCACGAGCCUCCAGAAAUGAACUGGGAGCAGGUGGCUGGGAUGGGCGUGGGGGGGAACUUGCGGGAGAAUCCAGAGCGCGCUCGCUCCCCUCCCAGGUCAGGAGGAACCUAGGUUGUCAGUAAAUCGUUGUACACAUAAAGUUGUUGUUUUUUAACGUUGCCUCAAGCAGCUGGGCGAUGUGGUAGCCAUCUUGGGAGAGCCACCAAGUAACACCGGUCAGAGGAACCAUCCAGAGAGAAGCGAACACAACUCCGACUCAGCAUUCUCCCUCUCUGCUUCCUUUCCUCAGUUUACCAAAAAAAUAACUUAAGACGACCACGGUGUUCUCCAGGUUCGCUUUAGGCACCGCCAUCUUGAAUGUGGCAUCACCCUUUCUCCCGUAACCUUUCUCCUGCGCCGCUAGGCCGCUCCCCAUUCGCCGGGGGCGACGGCGGCGCACGCCCCCGUGGCCCCGCCCCUCAUUUAAAUACGUGGCGGCGCCGGGUACGUCGAGGCUGCCGCGGACCCAAGAUGGCGGCGUGUGGACGUGUACGGAGGAUGUUCCCCUUGUCCGCGGCUCUGCCGCUGCUUCUACUCGUGGCGGUCCGGGCCCAGAAGUCCCAGAAUCUGGGAGCCCUCCACCAGCCUCUGGGGCUGAACUUCAAGAGCUUCGGCGAGGUCGUGGAGCCGCAGGCUCAAGCGCACGCCCAGCAGCCGCUUCAGCAGCAGCCGCAGCCGCAGGCGCCGCCGCAGCAGCCUCAGCAGCCUCAGCAGCAGCAGCAGCAGCAGCAGCCGCCGCAGCAGCCCUUCCCGGCUGGAGCCGGGCCGGCCCGGCGGGGCGGCGGAGGGCCCAGCGGCGGCUGGAAGCUGGCGGAGGAGGAGACGUGUCGGGAGGACGUGACCCGGGUGUGCCCCAAGCACACCUGGAGCAACAACCUGGCCGUGCUGGAGUGUCUGCAGGAUGUGCGGGAGCCUGACAACGAAAUUUCGUCAGACUGCAAUCAUUUGUUGUGGAAUUAUAAACUGAAUCUAACUACAGACCCCAAAUUUGAAUCUGUGGCCAGAGAAGUCUGCAAAUCUACCAUAUCUGAAAUUAAAGAAUGUGCUGAAGAGCCAGUUGGGAAGGGCUACUUGGUCUCCUGUUUGGUGGAUCACAGAGGCAACAUUACCGAAUACCAGUGUCAUCAGUAUAUAACCAAGAUGACAGCCAUUAUCUUCAGUGAUUAUCGUCUCAUCUGUGGUUUCAUGGAUGACUGCAAAAAUGACAUCAACAUUCUGAAGUGUGGCAGCAUCCGUCUCGGAGAAAAGGAUGCCCACUCGCAAGGUGAGGUGGUGGCCUGCUUGGAGAAAGGCCUAGUAAAAGAGGCGGAAGAAAGAGACCCCCGGUUUCAAGUCUCGGAAUCUUGCAAAAAAGCCAUUCUCCGUGUGGCUGAGCUGUCCUCAGAUGAUUUCCACUUGGAUCGGCAUUUAUAUUUUGCUUGUCGAGAUGAUCGGGAGCGUUUCUGCGAAAAUACACAGGCUGGUGAAGGCAGAGUAUAUAAGUGCCUCUUUAACCACAAGUUUGAAGAAUCAAUGAGUGAAAAGUGUCGGGAAGCAUUGACAACUCGACAAAAACUGAUUGCCCAAGAUUACAAAGUCAGUUAUUCGCUGGCAAAAUCAUGUAAGAGUGAUCUGAAGAAAUAUCGAUGUAAUGUGGAAAACCUUCCCCGGUCCAGAGAAGCUAGACUUUCUUAUCUUCUGAUGUGUCUGGAAUCUGCUGUACACAGAGGUCGACAGGUUAGCAGUGAGUGCCAGGGAGAAAUGUUGGAUUACCGACGCAUGUUGAUGGAAGACUUUUCUCUGAGCCCUGAGAUUAUCUUGAGUUGUCGAGGGGAAAUUGAACAUCACUGCUCUGGAUUACACCGAAAAGGGCGGACACUACACUGUCUGAUGAAAGUUGUCCGUGGAGAAAAGGGAAACGUUGGAAUGAAUUGCCAGCAAGCGCUUCAAACACUGAUUCAAGAAACUGACCCUGGUGCAGAUUACCGCAUUGAUCGAGCUUUGAAUGAAGCUUGUGAAUCUGUUAUACAGACGGCCUGCAAGCACAUACGAUCUGGAGACCCAAUGAUCCUCUCUUGCCUGAUGGAGCAUCUCUACACAGAGAAGAUGGUCGAGGACUGCGAGCACAGGCUGCUGGAGCUACAGUAUUUCAUCUCUCGAGACUGGAAACUGGAUCCUGUUCUUUACCGCAAGUGCCAAGGAGACGCCUCUCGCCUCUGCCAUACCCACGGCUGGAACGAGACCAGUGAGCUGAUGCCCCCGGGGGCCGUGUUCUCCUGCUUGUAUAGACACGCCUACCGCACCGAGGAGCAGGGCCGGAGACUGUCUCGAGAAUGCCGAGCUGAAGUCCAGAGAAUCUUGCACCAGCGGGCCAUGGACGUGAAGCUGGACCCUGCUCUCCAGGACAAAUGCCUCAUCGACCUGGGCAAGUGGUGCAGUGAAAAAACCGAGAUGGGCCAGGAGCUUGAAUGCCUCCAGGAUCAUCUUGAUGACUUAGUUGUGGAAUGCAGAGAUAUAGUGGGCAACCUCACAGAAUUAGAGUCAGAGGACAUUCAGAUUGAAGCUUUGUUGAUGAGAGCCUGUGAGCCUAUCAUUCAGAAUUUCUGCCAUGAUGUGGCAGAUAAUCAGAUUGACUCUGGGGAUCUAAUGGAAUGUCUGAUCCAAAACAAGCACCAGAAGGAAAUGAAUGAGAAAUGUGCAAUUGGUGUCACCCACUUCCAGCUGGUCCAGAUGAAGGACUUUCGAUUCUCCUACAAAUUUAAAAUGGCUUGCAAGGAAGAUGUGUUGAAACUUUGCCCCAACAUCAAAAAAAAGGUCGACGUGGUCAUCUGCCUGAGCACCACCGUGCGCAAUGACACGCUGCAGGACGCCAAGGAGCAGAGGGUGUCCCUGAAGUGCCGCAGACAGCUACGUGUUGAGGAGCUGGAAAUGACGGAGGAUAUCCGCCUGGAGCCCGAGUUAUACGAGGCCUGCAAAAGUGACAUCAAGAACUACUGUCAGACCGUGCCCUUUGGCAAUGCCCAGAUCAUCGAGUGCCUGAAGGAGAACAAAAAGCAGCUCAGUCCUCGCUGCCAUCAGAAGGUCUUUAAGUUGCAGGAAACAGAAAUGAUGGACCCAGAACUGGACUACACGCUCAUGAGAGUUUGCAAACAAAUGAUCAAGAGAUUCUGUCCAGAUGCAGAUUCAAAGAACAUGUUGCAGUGUUUGAAACAAAAUAAAAACAGCGAACUGAUGGACCCCAAAUGUAAACAAAUGAUCACCAAGCGUCAGAUUACGCAGAGCACAGAUUACCGCCUAAAUCCUGUGCUAAGGAAAGCCUGUAAAGCUGACAUUCCUAAAUUCUGCCAGAAUAUUAUCAAUAAGGCCAAGGAUGACUCGGAGUUGGAAGGCCAGGUCAUUGCCUGCCUGAAACUGAAAUAUGCUGAUCAGCGCCUUUCUCCUGACUGUGAGGACCAGAUUGGAGUAAUAAUCCAGGAAUCUGCUCUGGAUUACAGACUCGACCCUCAGCUGCAGAUGCAUUGCUCAGAUGAGAUCUCCAGCCUGUGUGCAGAAGAAGCAGCAGCCCAGGAGCAGACUGGUCAGGUAGAAGAGUGUUUGAAAGUGAACCUGCUGAAAAUCAAAACGGAAAUGUGCAAAAAGGAAGUAUUAAACAUGCUAAAAGAAAGCAAAGCAGACAUAUUUGUGGAUCCAGUUCUCCAUACAGCUUGUGCCCUGGACAUAAAACAUCAUUGUGCAGCCAUCCCCCCUGGGCGAGGGCGCCAAAUGUCCUGCUUAAUGGAGGCCCUGGAAGAUAAGCGGGUGAGAUUGCAGCCGGAGUGCAAAAAGCGCCUCAAUGAUCGCAUCGAGAUGUGGAGUUAUGCAGCCAAGGUCGCUCCUGCGGAAGGCUUCUCGGAUCUUGCCAUGCAAGUGAUGACUUCGCCCUCCAAGAACUACAUCUUGUCUGUGAUCACAGUGGGCAUCUGCAUCCUGUUCCUGAUUGGCCUGAUGUGUGGACGAAUCACCAAGCGGGUGACAAGAGAGCUCAAGGACAGGUAGAGCCCCGAGUGGCCACCAAAGCAACCACCUGCCCAGUGCCCGGUUUGUACAGAGCUCUUGUAUAGUCUCCCCCUCCGCCUCCCCCUUCGGAGCGGAGCAGCAAGCACCCACAUUAGAGCAGCAGCCGUCUCCACUCCGUUGCCCCGUCUUGGAUUUCAUCCACGGCAUCCUCAUCACGAUGAGAGUCUGUGCACAACCUCAGCAGCUGGCCACCUUUGUUACCCCCUUUGUUAGACUUUUGUUUACCUUCCUGUAGAUAAGUCUCUCAUGCCAAUGGAACUCCCAAUGCUCCCAGAAUCAGACUGACCUGACCUGCAGCUCAAACCAUUUUUAAGUAAAAUUUUUAAAGAGAGAAAAAAAAUUAUAUAUAUAUAUAUAUAUAAAUAUAUAUAAAACCUCCAAGCUUGAUUUGGGUAGUGGGGUUCAUAUCUGGAUACAUUUCUAUUCUCUGACUGGAUAAAAAUCAAGAGAGGACUUUAGAGAGGAAUCAUGUCAUCUAACACAACUUGUUUUUUUGGAUGUCUUACUCAUCUUCUCAUAAGUGUCUUCAGCAUUUAAUCAGGAUAGUGGACACCAGUGACAGGAUUCCCCACUGGCCAUCCUGAUUCGGGUCCCAUUUAUUUCUGCUGAAACAUCAAUGCCUUCCAGCUUCCGUCCUCAAAAAGCCGCUACUGGCCGAGAUCUCAGGCUCUGAAGAGAUUCUUAAGCUUUCCAUGCAUCGAGUAAAACUGGGCCAAUGGAAACGGAACUGGGGAGAUGGAGCUUUUGUGAAGCCAGUCCAUCCACAGAAUUGCACUGAAUGGCUGCGUCCCAUGUCCCUCUGGCGGCCUUCUUCCUGCCAGCUCACAUGCCACUUCAGUUUGGAGCUGACUCUGGAAGCCGUCUGCUGCAUCUGAGACCCGGCCUGGAAUCAGAAGAGCCCUCUGGCAGCUGACUGGGGGAAGGAGGGAGGUCAUCAGAGACACACUGGCUCAUUUGGGUUAGGUUUUUUUUUUUUUUUUUUAACUAUUUAAUUAUAGGCUAGCAAAAUUCGGUCUGCAAAGAUCCAUUGGAAGUCUCAAUGUGUCUCUUGUAUUCCAACAACUAAAGCAUUCUAAACCUUCUCGGAGCAGAGUCCCAGCUCAGUGAUUCCCCACUUGGGCCAGAUGCAGAUUACACAUCAAAAAAGGGGAGAGUCUUUUCCAUCUUUGCCAUGCACACCAGCCCUGGAGGUGCUGGAGGAAUAGGGUGUUUUCAGGACUCAGCAUCCCUUCCUGCUUCUGAGCUGAAAAAGGAAUCCUCACCCAGAGCCUGGCUCACUUGUUUUCCCCAGUUGUAAAAAGGAUUGGGGGGUGAAUUGUGGUCCAAUCCUAGAGUACCUUAAGUUGAGUAUGGGGCUUAAAGUCACAGUGGUUGCACAAGAGGGCCACAUGUACAGUAGGGAUUAUAUAUAUAUACAUACAUAUAUAUAUAUAUAUAAUAUAUAUUUUAUUAACCUGUAAGAUGUGUCCACAUAUUAUGUGCUGGAGUAUUAUAAAUGAUGUGCCUAAAACUGUCCAUAUAGGCUGAGGCUGAUUAAUAAUUAAUUUCCAUUCCUUCACCUUUUCUGGUUUCUCCCCUACACCUUACCAAGAAUUAUCUGGUAUUUCCAUGACAUGAUAGGGAGCAUAUAUGAUUGUGGACCAGCUGAUCUAGGUUACUCUCUGUGUAUAGACUGACAUGUAUAUGAAUACUGUGAUUUCUUUUGCUACCCUUCCAGAGUGCUAGAGAGGGUACAAAAAUAGACAUUAGGUGAAGAUACCUCUGUUUCAUCUCCUGCACACCACAGGUUGGGGGGAAAAUGGUCUUCCUUGCGAUCUUUUCUCUCGAUCGUUGGCAGAGUGCCUGGAAUCGCAGACCGUGGUCGUUGAGAGAGAAGGUUAUGGAGGGGUUCCGAAAGGCAGGCGCUGUGCUUCCUGCCUCCCUCGGGUUGUGUGAGUUUCCAAGAGAAGUGGUUGUCUUUUAGACACAGGGAGGCCAGUGGCCCUGCCCGUUUCCCUCAGUCUUGUUUAUGAGACUAUCUUAGUUCGCCUUCCUUAGUUGACUUGAGGUUUUUUCCUCCAGAUUCAUGAAACUUGAAACUCAAGGUACAUAAAUUCUCUUUUCCUUCUGACCCCCCACUUCAGCCAUGAGUGAAUUGAGGUUUUUGCUGUAUGAGGGCUCUAAUGGUGGAGAGAAGGGAGAGGUUUCGUGGGAAAUCGGUUGACUGGUUGAUUUUGUGUGUGUGUGUGUACGCGCGUGCAAGUGUUUUAAAGAAAAAGCAUCAAUUGAACAUUUUUUUAAAAGCAUGAAUUAAGCACAUUCACCUUCUCCCCAGUCCCAUAAGGGAAGACCCUCAUAGGGUUACCAUCCAAGUAGAGGUGAGUAAGGGGAUGGGGAGAGUGAAGACCAGUGCCCAGAAUCCAGGGAUCAUCUGCAUAGAUUCUGAAUACCAUUUCUAGUGAUGUCUGGGGUAGGGCUGCAGGGCAGCAUCAACUUCUACCAUCUAAGGAAUAAUUUCUCAAUUGCUUGUUUUUCCCAUAUAGAGACUAUUGACUCCUUGUGAGGGAGGAUUCUGACAGCCCUCAGUGGAGUGUUCCCAAAGCCUUAGGACAGUUUUAAACUGAGACUUUGGGCUGCAUAGUGGCAUUGCACCAGGCAGACCCUUGGGCCUGGAGUCAGAAAGACUCCCAAGGUCACUCCAGCCUCAGAGACUCCAGCUGUGUGAUCCUGGACAAGUCACUUAACCCUGUCUGUUUCUUUAUCUGUAAAAUGAGUUGGAGAAGGCAAUGGCCAACCAUGUUCCUCCCCCCCCCCCCAAAAAAAAAAAUAACCCCAGAUAGGGUCAUGAGAGUGUCAGACACAGCUUAACAACCACUAGAAGACUUUUGGGAUACCCUAGUUAUCUUAAGAUUUUUUUUCUAACCUUUAAAGAUUUUUUUUGUUUCUUUCAAAAUGAACUGUGCUAAUUCUUGGCAUAUUAGCAGAGUUAGAAAUUAGAAAGGAAAAUUGGCUCUUGAAACUUUCAACCUUUUAAAAUUAUUGAACUAGUAAGCAAAAAUCCCUUCUCAUUGCUUAAUGGAAAUAAUUUUAGUGACUCUUGAUCUGUUAUCAGAAAGUGUUUUGAGAGGGGCAAUAUUAGUCUCAAACUGAGACCUCAAUAGUAAAUUCUUGUCAUGAUGUUCUAAGCAAAUGCCAUUUCAUUUUCCAGGCCCAGGUGUCCAGCACCAACUUGGCCACCUGCUAGACUCGGGUGCUGUGAUUACAAAAACUACCUUUGUAACUGUUCCUGUUGAUAAGGCUGUCUGUCACUCAAGAGCUAUACUUCCUGUUUGCCAGUUUUACUUACCUUAUGUCCAGCACUGAUCAGCCUAGAGGGAAAAGUUUCUUGCCAUCAGUGAUAGCAUGAAGUUCAAACAGGGGCUGCUUGUUAAAUCCAAAGAUUUAACCAUCCAAAAAAAAUUAUCCAGGCCUUUACUGAGAAAUAAUUUAACAGCUAGUUAGCAAGUUAGCAGACAUCCAGUGUUUUACAGUUGGAGUCUCAUUCCCAACUCAGAUAUCCAUCUUCCAUUUUGGACAUGUCAUUCAUUAUUCAAAAAACCAGAAACCUAAGUAAUCUGGCUUUAACAGAACCAAGCUGGAGCUAUACUGGGCCAGUAGUAAGAGGUUAUUUAGAAGUAUGGGGGGCCUUUAAUAAGGGAAACAGGAGAGAGCAAGCUCUAGAGUGUUCUAGCCUCUGAAAUUGCUAUUAUCCAAAGAAGAGGGUUUUGGAAAGAAGUAACAGGUAUAACAGUUAUUCUUGGUAUAACCAGGAUCCACCAUAACCAGGAUCUGUGUGAAUGAGAAUCAGAUCUUUUCAGAAUAGAAGCUUUCUAGUAGGGUAAAUAUAUCUGGCUGUGGAAAUAAUUUAAAAGCUGAGGCUUUGGAAAAUCUGAGGAUUUCAAAACCUGUUAUAAAGAAAGCUGUCAUCUCCUUUACCUCAAAGAUGCCUUCUAGCUCUCGCCCCCACUUCCAAAGUUACCUGAUCCUUUCAGCAGACCUGCAGGCCCCAAUUCUAAUUCAGAAUAUUCUUGGGAAACCAUAACUCCAGGGAAUUGCCAUCAGCUGCCAGGUAGCAUUUACUUGUUACAAGUUACUUUGUUAAUAAAUAUAUUUGAAUUGAGUUUACUUCCAGAAUCUUUAACAUAUCACUUAAUCCUCUGAGAGAGUUGAGAAGGGAAUACUAUUAAAGAUUGAUAGACAUUUUUAGUUUUCCUUUCUUCCAGGAAAAUAAAUGCCAGGUUUCCUUUCUUCCUAGGGGAGCACAGAGAUCUGGUGUAUUUCAUCAGCCUGACAUCACCUCAUAAAAGUAUUGACAAGAACCUAUAACUUCCUUUUAAAAUUAGAAAGUGAGUAGUUAAUAUUAGACCCUUAGUUUGAAAACUGCCCAUCCAGUUUCUUCAUUACAUACUGUGUUUAUUAUUGUCAGUUGGAUUAGAAUCAAAUCUUUCCUUUGCAUCACUGUGGCCUUUGAAAUAUUUUGCACCCUAGAUUUCUCCUACUAUUGCCCAUCUACUUCAGAAAGUCUCCCCUAAAGUCCUGGAGCAGAAAUUCAGGUUCCAUUAAAUUCAAAGCCUAAAUGAGGACAAGAUAUAGGGGUGGUUCAAUGGUAUGAUAAGUGUAGUUUCAAGAAAUGAGGAAUAUCUUCUGAAUAAACCAGAAUCAAUCCAUCCAUCCUCUGUGUGCCAACUCCUAAUGCAGUCUGUUGCCACCCUCUCAACAAGGCAGAAUUUUCUCCCUUGGCAGACCUUAGUCAUUGACUUCUGGAUCAGGGAACAUGGGAGAUCAGCCUAUCGGCUGUCUCCGGCCUUAAUAUAGAAGUGUUCCACCAACCUCAUCCACCUGGUGAAAGGAUCUAUUAAUCUAUAAAUGUAACAGUCAAUUCAUUUUGAAUGGCAUUUUGAACUGUGAAUACUUUUACUUGCUUUUUUCCCCCCCUUCAAACAGAGUGUAUAAAAACAGACGUCAAAAUGGUAUAAUUGUAUUUCCCUAUUUGAAUCAGACCUAGUUUUAUAAAAUGUAGCAUUCUGUUGCAUUAAAAAUUUAGUGGGGUUUUUGGUUUGGAUGUCUCCCUCUCUGAACCCCUUCUCUCUCCAUUUUCCAUGUGAUCUUAAUGUAUCUUAACACUCUAACUUAAUUUUUUGGGGGGGAGGGUGAUAUAUUUCUAGAAUUGGCUAACUUUCCAAUCAUAUUCAUUCUUGGUCCUCCUCAUUCCACCUCUUUCCACCAUUCCUAUUCCUUCACAAAUUGGGAAACCAUAAAUCCAUACUGGUACGUCCAGGUUCUUGUGUCUUCUCCCCAUGGCACUCAGGCUCUCAAAGCUGGAGCACAGGGCUGUAGAGGAAUUAGGCUGUCCAAAGUUAAUAGAGUCUGUGGUGACCCACCACCCCAUUCUCUUGCUUAUCCUAUGAACAGACUACCAAAGAGAAAGACCCUCCUCCGAUGUGUUGCGGAUUAUAGGAGUCUUGGUAGUAGACAGAUUUGGCAACUGAAGUGGAGUUAGGGUGGUACUGUCCCAUUCAGAGGUGCCAAGGUCUCUGAAAGGGGUCUCCAUGUCAGAUGGGAUGCACUCAGUGGAAUAGCAGAUGAACAGGGUAGGAUUAAGUGGGAGGGUCAGACCUGAAGGCGGUUAGCGCUAUUACCAUGUUGUCAGCCUCUCCAAGGGCAGUGUCUCAAAUCAAUCAAAGCAUUGAAAUAAACUGGACAGCAAAUGUUGUGUGAGAUCUUAGGCCUUUUUAUAAAAAAUAAAAAAAAGAAAAGGAAUGAAGAAAAAAGAGGGGAAAAAAGAAAUAAAAAUAAAAUAAGACUCUUUUGUAAAUUGUUUUCUGUGUAUAAAAUUCUGGCCGUUCCUUGUUUUUACAUGUUCAUGCUGUGUAAUUUUGAGAUGUUACUGAGAUUCUGAACAUAAUGUGCAUUUUUUUCUGUACAGAUGAAAUGGGAGAAUUUAAUAAAAAAAAGAGUCUGCAGGUU